UGAGCUACAGCUCACUUCAUCCGAUGAAGUGAGCUGUAGCUCACGAAAGCUUAUGCUCAAAUAAACUGGUUAGUCUCUAAGGUGCCACAAGUACUCCUUUUCUUUCCACACUAUCAUGUAGUCCUCCUUGGAGCAGCAGUGACACCCAGUGGCCAGUCCGGGUAAUGCACAGAGUGUGUUUCCCAUGGAGCAGCAGUGACUGGUGGGAAUGUGUCCCUGCUCUUCCUCCAGGUUUCCUGCUGUCCAGACGCCCCCGACCACCUCUCUCCUAAAUCCAGCAGGAACAGGGCUGUUGUGCCAAUAUUCAAAAAACCAGGUAACUAAAGGCCAGUAAGCAUGACUUCAAUUCCAGGGAAAAUAAUGGAAAAGCUGGAAUGUGAUUGAAUCGAUAAAGAAUUAAAGGAUACAAAUAUAAUUAAUGCCAGGCUACAUGGCUUUAUGGAAAAUAGGCCUUGUUUAAAAAACAAAACACAAAACAAAGCAAACAAUCAACAAAACCAAACACACCAGGCCUAGCUAGUAAACACUAGAAAGACUUUGGGAUGAGCUUUGCUCUAUGAGACUUGAAAGGUCUGUUUAAAUAAGUCUAGUGUCUUGAAUGCAAGUUAUUAUUUUAUUGUAUAGGUAACAAUCUGUUUCCAAUGCUUCUGCUUGCUAUCACUUGAAUCUCUUCUCUUUGUUAAAUAAACGUAUCCUUGCUUUUACUACAAACAUAUCUGAGUGCUGGUGCUAAGCGGAGCGGUGAGUUGUAACUGGUCCUGAGGGAUGUCCUCUUCCAUUGGGAGUAGCGGAUCCGUGAGUGCUGUAAGCGUGUGGGGGACAGGGGUAGACACUCCAGGGAGACACUCAGCGGGUCCAGGGGAUAGAGUGUGCGUAUUGCUAACCUGUAGAGAGAGAGAAAGCGGGGCUGGCAAGGCCUAGAGGGGAGUGAUUGUGUGGCCCAUGGCCAGAGGAUGUGGGGAGCUGACCCCUGGAAGACACAGACAAGUCUCCUCAUGCUAAAGGCAGGUUAUAGUGAGGUGCCUCACAACCCUGGGUACCACUGGGAACCAUCACACCACAGGUAGCCAGCCCCCCACCUGGGGAUGGAUCCAAGCCACCACCCCUGAGAGGAGAACAGCCCCAUAUCCCUCUCCCCACUGCCUGAGCCAGCCAGUCCCCCACUUUGGGGCUGGAUGGGAGCUGUCACCCUCUAGGAGGGAAAGACCCCAUGCCCCAUUCUCCACCCCCUGAAUCUGGAGUCAAAACCAAGCCAGAACCCCUAGAGCUGAAACUCUCCAUAUCCCAUUCCUCCUGCUGCCUGAUUUGGCCAGUUCCUACUGGCCCUUGUCCUGGGGCCACGCUUAAUCUCAUGCCAUUGCUUGGUUCUCCUGAGCCAGCCAGUCCCUCUGACCUAUAGGCAGAGCAGUACCUCAUCUUUUUUAUUAUUUCACACCACUUUUGUUGUAACCUUGGUCUCUCCUUGGUUCCCUCAGAGCACGCCUCACUGCCAUGGCUGAGAAAAUACCAAGAGAGUUUGCUGAGCAACAUGAAAGUCUGAGAGAUACAAUGAGUGGGGAUAACUCCAUGGAAGAAUUCACCUGCAUAACUCCAGAGGACUUAACGGACAUCAAGAAUGCAUUAGAGGGAGGCAGAAUGGCAGAUGCAGUGUCCAAGAUCAAAGAAAAUCGUAAUGCCCUAGACAACAUCAAGCUCAACGUUGCCAUCACAGGAGAGUCGGGCUCUGGGAAAUCGACCUUUAUCAAUGUCAUCAGGAAUCUGGGAGAUGAAGAUACUGGUGCUGCUAUAACCGGAGUGGUAGAGACAACCUGUGGGCUGCAGCCUUAUCCACACCCAAAAUAUCCCAAUGUUACCUUCUGGGACCUGCCUGGGAUUGGGACACCCAAUUUUAAAUCGGAGAAUUACCUCGAGGAUGUUCAAUUCAGCCGCUAUGACUUCUUCAUAAUCCUCGGCUGUGGGCGCUUCCGAGAUGUCCAUGCCCAACUGGCCCGCACCAUCCAGGAGAGGGGCAAGAAGUUUUAUUUUGCACGCUCCAAAGUGGACACGGAUCUGGAGGCUUCCAAGAAGCGCCGGCCCAAGGCUUACAAUGAGCAGCGCAUCCUGAGGGAGAUCAGAGAGGAUUGUGUGAAGUGCCUGCAGGCAGAGGGCAUCAGCUUCCCCCAGAUUUUCCUCCUGUGUAACUUUGAUCUGGACAAGUAUGACUUUCAGCAGCUGCAGGAAACCCUGGAGCAUGAGCUCCCCAGUCACAAGAGUCACACUCUGCUCCUGGCCAUGCCCAAUAUUUCACUAAACAUCCUGCUGAAGAAGAAAGCAGCCUUCCAAGGACAGAUAUGGAAACUAGCUGCUCUGUCAGCUGGUGUUGCUGCUGUCCCUAUCCCAGGCCUCUCUGUGGCCUGUGAAGUGACAGUUUUGGUGAAGGCCUUGCAAGAUUAUUGCAAGAGCUUCGGCCUGGAUGACGAAUCCCUCACUAAACUUGCCCAGAAGUUUGACAGACCCGUGGAGGAGCUGAAGGCUGUUAUAAAGUCCCCACUGGCCGAGGAAAUCUCAGCUGCUUUUGUACGCAAACUGCUGACCAAUGUAGGUGGUGCCCUGAUGUGUGUGGAGUAUUUAGUGAGCUUCAUACCAGUGAUUGGCUCCCUUGCAGCCGGAGGGAUCUCUUAUGGGACCACAUAUUACAUGCUGAACAGCUUUUUGAAUGAAGUGGCGGAAGAUGCUCAAAGAGUUCUGCUAAAGGCUUUAAAGGAGACAGAAAUAUAGUAGGCCAGAGAACGGCAAACAGACAAUCAAAUCGCCAUAACCAGGGUAGAGAUGGAAAGGAUCCAGGUGCAACUAGAGAUCAGAGCAGAACUAUCUCCAACUCUUUCACAGCCCUCACAAGUGGUUGCUUUGUCUUUCCUGAUUUUGAUAGAUCAUGUACGCAGAUCCCCAUGAUAGGAUGACCAUGGAAUAUGCCAGAGAUUCCAACCCUGUUUGCAGACUGGGCCUCAAAAUCUGAGCUUCCAUUUAAACAACAUUAACUUUAGAGCUGGCAGAAUUUCUUUCCUGUCAAAAAAUGUUUAUCGAUGAAACUGAUUUUUUUUUCUUUUUUAUAUGAACUGUUUUCAAGUUUUGAACAAAAAAAAAUUGAAAUGACAUUAAUAUUUUCAUUUUGUUUCUAAUUUAAUUUUACCUUUAGUUUCAGUUUUCCACAACAUUCUGUUCCCUCGCUCCAUUUUUCUCGCUUUUUUUAAAAUCUUCCUUCCCUACUUAAGUUGGGGAGGGUUGGAGAAAAGGGAGAGGAAAACAAGAAAACUAACAAUUGAAAACUGAUUUUCUUUGCUUUUGAAAACCAAAAAACUGAAACUUUGAUUUGAAACAUAAGGAAGGAAAAUAUUUUGUUUUGAUUCAAAAUUUUUCAUUCAGAAAUAUCAAGUGAAAAUCUUUCUCUCAUUUUUCAAUCAAGUCUGUUUAACUUUCUAUCCUCUCUGAGUAUGAGCAAUCCUUCCAAAUGUGAGCUGGUGCAGAGAUGCCUGCCUUCAAUCUGCAGACCAUCUGGAACAGGAGCUAGGGGAGGUUGUGAACUUUUCCACUCAUAUCAAUAGCUAAGGAUGACAGUUUAAAUGGUGGCAUUAAGAAUGAUUUCACUAAUGAUUAUUUUAAUAAGAGAAACAUCCAGCUACUGUGCACAGAUCAACAGCUUCCCCCAUGACCACAUCAAUGAGGCAGUUAUGUUUCCUAUACAAAACUUUGCAGCACAUUGAAAAUAAAAAAAUUAGGGGCAACAAAAAACAGAUUGCAUUUGGUAUCAACAUCAGCAACAGCCGGGACACGCACUGAGUGCUCGGUUCCUUUUCUGAUUUAGUUCAGAAGAAUUUCCCAUUUCCAGUUUAAAUUAAGCUGCUGCAGAAUCCUGGGGACCUUGUGUCAGAACUCACGUCAGACUCAUGGCAGAGUACAUGGGCUUUGAUUAUGACGAGUGUUAGGGGGCUUUCCCUUCACCCUGUCCCCUGGUUCUUGUCACGCUGACAGAAGGCACAAGACCAGAAGUCUGAAGUGCAGGCAAUGCUAUGUUUAUUGGGGUUAGUUUCCAGUAAGCAUGUGUCCCAUAACUCUGACACCACAGAGCCUUGUUUCCCAGUGUCCCAUUCCCCAUGUCCUCAGCAGGCAUAAAUAUACCUGAAAUGCACGCCCUCGGUCCCACCCCUUACAACUUAUGGUCAUGUUCCAUUUUGGGGGGGUCGUUGGUCUGGGGUCUUCAUCCCACCUCUUUUGUACCCCAGGGGAGGGGUAAGGGGUACAGUCAUGGGCAGGCAUUUCUCUGGCCUUUUAGUGUUUUACCUUCCCCCCGAUCCUCCUUGCCCCUCCCAACUGGUUGCUUGACCUUGCCUUGAGAUAGGAGUUGAGACAGUCUUUGAGUGCACCCAUAUAUUACUCUCCCACCAUGCCCAGUAAAACUUUAACAGUUCUUAUCUGUUCCCAUUAUACUAACAAACCCAUCUGACUAGGCAGAAGCAACACACACAGUGUCUUUGUCCUUUGUUCACACAUAUUCGUAAGAAUGUAUGUGUACCAAAACAUCAAACAGGCAAGCAAAACUCAGAAUAUUAUCUCAGGGAAAAAUACAGGCCUGAAUCCUACAUGGGCAUGAGCACUGCUAACAGCUAGAUACUGUGGAGAUCUGUUCUUUGUACAUACUUGAGAUACACUGAUUAAGCAGAAAACAUUACUACUUAUUAAAUGAUAGUGGAAUGGUACCGAUGGCAUAGCUAAUGUUGUGACAGAGAUUUCUCUUUGAUAGGUGCGUUAAACCUUUAUUUUUAGGAAAUAUUGUAAUAGUGGCCACUUGCUGCUCUGAGAUGAUCCCUUCUACCCAGAGCUGUGAUUUAAACUGCUGCUGGUGGUUUCUUAUUCUCAAUUUAUUAUUUUUCAUGGAGCUCGGUUUGCCCCACUCCAGCCCUUGUCUCUGCUCAGACCUAUCUACCGUGUCUGGAUUGCAACUGUCUGGGGAAAGGAUUGGGCCCAGACUAGGAAGGAGUCUAGUCUGUGAAAGAAACUUAUUGGAACAUCUUUGAGGGUGAGAUAUUACUUGUAAUCAGUUUCUUAAUGUAUUAGGCUUAGA